AUGCUUGUAAGUAACCUGCUUCCUGUGGUCAGUGCUGAUUGUCAUGGUCUUGUAGUCCAGGGCACUACGCUCUCUGCUCAAGAGUAUCGUGUGGAUGAUAUCAAAGUUGAAUAUCCCUUGACUACAGGGAGAGCAGCUGAGAUACAUCAUUUCGAAGAGUUCCAUCGAGGUCAAGCCACAGCUGACUACAUUCCCAUCGAGCGAGAGCCAUGGAGACCAUUUCGUUCCCGGAUUGAUUUUGAGUUUGCGGAACUGGGCCAUAAGGCGAAGCUGACACACAAGGAGCUUGGUAGCUUGAUAGAUUUGAUCCACCGUGCAAUGGAGAAGAAGGAUCAGUUCACCCUAACCAGCUAUGAGGAUCUUUCUAACUGCUGGCGUGAUGCAUCCUAUAAGGUGACAUCUUUUGAGAAAGCAGAUGUUACCCUUGAUUACAAAUCUGAACCUCGAUCCUAUGAUUUCUACUAUCGACCGAUCUGGGACACUGCCUUGGACCUACUACGAGAUAAGCGGAUUAUAUCCCAGUUUGUUUGGGAUGCACAAAGGCUAUCAAAGUUCAAUGGGACACGUUGGGUUCGAUGGUGGGAUGAGCCUUGGACUGGUGAUGGGAUGUGGGAAAUCCAAGAGGGGUUACCAGAAGGGGCAAAACCAUUAUGUUUCUUUUUAUAUGCUGAUAAGACAAAAUUGUCUUCUUUUGCAGGAGCAAAGGGUUACCCCAUUGUAUUACGGUUUGCCCAAUUGCCUGUAGAGAUACGAAAUGGGGAAGGAUUUGGGGGAGGACAAGUUGUGGGAUGGCUUCCAGUGAUACCAGAGACUGAGGGUGAUACUGGGAAACCAGGCUUUGUAAACUUCAAGAAUGCAAUCUGGCAUGAGUCUUUCAGGCAACUGCUGGCAAGUGUGGAAAAGUAUUCACACUCAGGAGUAUGGAUAGAGUGCGGGGAUGGUGUCACCCGACAUCUAUUCCCAGCUGUGCUGAUACUCUCAGCUGACUAUGAGGAGCAAUGUGUUAUGGCAUUGACCCGAGGCUCUAUGUCCAACUACCCUUGCCCCAUAUGCCUUGUUCCUAAUGAAGAACAGUUUGAUUUGUCAAAAAAAUGGCCACGACGUACAGCUCGGUUGAUGAAGAAGAAAUACGAGAAAGCUCUUGAGAUGAACAAGAAAGAUGCUGAUGAGUUCCUCAAGGAGGUUGGACUGCGUCUUGUACAUAAUGUGUUUUGGUUCCUUCGGAACUCAGACCCUCACAAAGCACUGUCGUUUGACCGUCUACACGCCAAUCAUGGGGGACUUUUCUCAGACCAUCUUUUUCAAGAGCUCCAGAAUAUUUUCAAGUCUCUUGGAAGAGCAGUAUUGGACCUUGCUGACAAGCAGAUGGAUCUCCUACCCCGGUGGCCUGGCUUGAAUCAUUUCAAGAUGUUUAUACAAAAGAAUUUCAUGGAUGGAACAAAGUAUGAAGAUAUCUCUAAGGUGGUAUUUCCUAUGGUUCUUUUAUUUGUAGUCAUUCUCAGACAGUGCUACCAGCAAUUACUUUUUGCAGUCCACAACUUCGUUGACAGAGCUGAGAGCCGAUGGAUCUAUGUCUUCCUUCAGUGUUUGCGAAGCUACUUGGAGUUGGAUAUGUGGGCAGCUUUUGAAGUCCACACUGAAGAGACAAUUGCUGCCUGUGAAGAGGAGAUCUUAAAGUACGAUUCACUCCUGAAGAAGUAUGUCAAACUACCAAAGCCUGAAGGCACGUGGAACUCAAAGAACUGGUCAUUCCCCAAGAACCACAGCCGGGGACACAUGCUUGAAGAUAUCAAAGCAAAAGGGGUAACCAAGAACUACAAUACAAAAGUUUCUGAGAAAAUGCAUAGGCCUCUCAAACAGGCAUAUCUGAAAACUAAUUUCAAAAUUGUUGAUGAGCCAAUUCUACAGGACAACCACAGGACACGUGUUGCAACUGUCAUCCGGGAGGAUAUAAAUGCCUUAGAUGUGAGCCCUCCUGCUGAUGAACUUGAGUUGGAACAUGAGCCACAGAAGGGGAAGCGAACAACUGCAGUAGAGUUUGGCCACAUUAGGUUGGGGUCAGCAGGUGAUAUCAUUGCAUUGGAGCAGCUUGAAAAAAGGGCACCAGAGGACACUGCAUACAAAAACUUCCAGAAAGGCCUCAGCAAAUUUUUAAGCAGCCUCUUGCCUGCAUAUGAUAUUGAGCUGCCUGGUGGUAAGCCCAUCAAACUGAAUUCGUGGGAGAAAGUCCGGGAAUACCGAUACAUACGUGUCAAAUAUGAAUCCAUGGUGGAUUGGCGUGAAUCAACGGACCGCCUCCGUUGUACUCCUUCCUUCCAGGAGAGUCCUCGCUAUGACUGUGUAAUGGUGAACACCACCAAUGGGACAAUUUUUGCAAAGCUUAUAUUCUGCUUCACAUGCAAAGUGGCUGAUAGCAGUUACCCAAUUGCCCUGAUCCAACCUUUUGAUGCCCCAACUGGCCCCCGGAGACGAAAAGAUAAAGAUCUCUGUUUCUACCGUGUCAAGGCAAGAACACGGUCCGAGGCAGAGUUCAUUGACGCUAGGAGUAUUCUUCGUGGGGCAUUGCUUGCACCAGAUUUUGAGGAGGGGCAUGAGGAUGAAUACCUUGUAAUGGACACAGUAGAUACUGAUAUGUUUUUACGGUUGAAACACAUGUUCCCUGUAUGUUAG